AUGAAUCAGGAUUACGAAGCUGGUGAUUUCGAGUUUCCUGUAAUAUAUUAUGAUGAUGAAAAAAAUAGCAACUAUGAAUCAGAUUCUGAAACUGGUCUACAAAUAGACGUUGCUGAAGUUAAUGAUAAUGAACGUCCAACGAAACGACGAAGACUCAAAGUUACUGACAUGAUGGUACUGGAUGAGGUGGAAGAAGAACUUGAAAGGCAAUUGGAUGCUAAAGCAGCCAAAACAAAUUUAACAGCUAUUAAUGUUAAAAAUAUUAUUAAACAUGUUAUCACUAAUGAACAUGUCUUAGCAAUGGUAAAUAAUAGUAUAUAUAAUUCUGAAGAAGCUGCCGUUUUUGAACCAAAAUUAACAAGAGCUAAAGCUAAAACCCGGUCAAAAUUAAGUUUAAGCGAGAUACCGAUCGAAGCUAUUGAAAAAGCAUUCGUUCCACCUGAUAUUACGCUUGAUAUGUAUGAUUGGGAUAACAAUGAUAAAGAUCCAGCUUGGAUUGGUUUUUUGAAUAAUUAUACGAAUCCUGAAGCUGAAGUUGAAGAUGAUACUGAAGCUGAUCCUGAAUAUAAUAUACUUGAAGACCAUGAUGAAGAGUUAUUUGAUAAAGAAGAAUUUAGAGCUGAUAAAGCUGUUAAAAUUCCUCGCAAAGAAUUGAAUGAUUUGAUAGCAGAAAUGGUUGAAUUUGUUGACAUAUACUUGCCAGAAUCUAAUGAUGCAACAAAGAAGAAAAAAGCUACAGAUGAACCAGAAACUUUAGUACAAGAUAUUCCACAGAUGGAAACUGAUAUUCCAAUUGUCCAGAGUGAACCAAAACCAAUUGAAACUGAAUUAUCUAGAGCAUUAGAUGAAGACUUUAGGACUCUAUUAAAUAUUCAAUUUCAACAGCACAUUCAACUAAUGACGCAACACUUCUUAAUGACUUAUAAACAUCCAAAAUUACAUAGUCAGUCAGUAACUUGUGAAGAAAAUAUAGACAGUAUCAAGUAUGUUGCUUUCAAUAUUUUCAAUCUCGAUGAAGCGUUAAAAACUGUACAAGAAUGGAAAAAUCAAUUUAAAGAUGAACAGUUCAGUCACGGUAUAAUUACUAAAAUGGUUCAUGAUAGUGUAAGAGAAGAGGAAUUGCGAUUAAAAAGAACAAGAUUCCUGCCAAGACUUCAUCCAAGAUUGAAAAGCUUCAUAAUGGGAUCAAAAGCAUUACUAUAUCCACAUCUCUUACCACAUCAACCUUUUAGUAGCAUAUUGAAACCGAAUGUCCGCGAUAAUACUCUGUCAUACUUUCCAUCGGAAGUACAAUUAUUGGGCUUAGGUGUAUCAGAAUUUUGCCCAUAUAUUGAGAGUCAUAAAAGAAGGUGGAAAAAGAAAAUGUUACUCAUGGAUGCAGCUCAAUUAAUUGCGGAAUAUUUAAUGCCCGUUAGAAAACCAAGCGCUUUGUACGAAAGAAUAAUAACUUUGCGAGCGAGUCGAGAACCUAAUCCAGUUAAAAUGUAUUUUAAAACAGGUAGCAUUCCUCCUAAAAUUCAUUAUAUUGUGGAAGAUAAUGUUAUGGUGGAGCCAAAAUAUCAACCCCUAGAAUCUUUACCUAAAAUGUGGCAAGAUUAUAUUCAAAAUAACGAUCGUGAAGAAAACGAAUCGUACCUUGCUUUAAUGUCUCUUUUAUCAAGUUCUACGGAUAAUAUGGUUAUUGAUUCAAGUUUUUGUACUCCAACUGUAAAUAUGUUGACAAACACUAGCACAAGAGAAUCUGCAGGCAAAAAAAGUGCAAAACAGACUGCUAAUAGUACCGGAAAUAAAGAAGAUUCAGAAGCUAAAGAAGGUAGUUCGAGUGGUACUACAUCAGUGCAAACUAGAAAAACUACUCCACGUCUUGCCAAAAUACGCAGUGCACAAAAUAUGAAGCUGAUGACUCAAGUAUCUGGAUCGAAAAAUUUAUCAAGUAGUAAUAGUGAAUCUAUAAAGCUCAAUGAUAAAGAAGACUCAGCGGAAACAUCUCAAGAAUUAACUGGAUCAUCAAAAGGAUUUCGAAUAGAGACAAUGAGCCCUAAAAAUGAUAUAUUAGCUCCUCAAAACACAAAAACUACCCCUCCAGCCACCCCAAAAACUUACACUUGGAAAAAAAAAUUUAAGAUAAAAUCCUUCCAAGGGCCCUUUGAAGCUGGCGAUUUUUUGUAG